CUGACCUACUCACCCCCUCCCCAUUUUAGAAAAAAAGGAAAAUGAAUUUGUAUUGAUUUCCAGAAUAAAAUAAAAAGGAAAAAACCACUAAAUGUUUCCAUAUUUUUCACCCUUCACCCAACACAAUACACAACACAACACAACACAACACUCAUCCCAUCUUUCCAUCCAUUUCCCCUCAUUUCCGCUCUCUCCCAACUUUCUCUCUCCUCUCUCUCUUUCUCUCUCUUUGCUUUGCCCUUUUUUCCCCAUUUCGCUUUCUCUCUCCGCCACCAUGAAAGACGAGUGGUUCAGAGCUGCAAUCUCCGACGACACCGUAGUCGCAGACCUCCUACUCCGCUUAAAGGAGUUCCCCUCCUCUUCAUCGUCUCAAGCUUGCUCGUUUAUCUUGAAGCCGCUCCCGCCGUCGUGGGGCUUACGUCAGCGCCGCUCUAAACCGCCUUCAUCUUCCUCCUCUGGCGGUGACAAGAGGAGAGAGACUCGCCGUAGUCCUACUACCCCUCUUUCCUGGACUUGUGGCGGCGGGGCCGCUUCUCCUAGUGAGGGUUGUGACGAAUCUCUCUCAUCCCACCACAUCCAUCCGCCGCCGCCCGAUCGGUACAGAUCCAAGAUUUCGGCUUCCACGGAAACCCCCACCACCACCACCGCGUGCAAGAGACCGAGAAGGAAGAAGACAUUUGCCGAGCUUAGAGAAGAGGAGAGUUCAUUGAUGAAAGAGAGGACAUAUUUGAAAAAGGAGUUGGCUACAUUACGCGUAACAUUGAAACAGGAGAGAUCAAUAAAUGAGAAUUUGAAGAGAAUUAAGCUUGACAUAAAAGUAGAAAGCAGAAUAAAAUCAGAAGCAAAUUCAAUUGAAGAACGUAAUAACGGAAUAUCAGAAGCAGCCUCUUCGAGUGUAUUGAAUAAAGUGGAGGAUGGUUCAGAGCCUGAUUCAUUCCCAUCAAACACAUCCCAUGAGUCCUCGUUUGUGCUACCUGAUCUAAAUAUGGUGCCAGAUGAGGAUACUGUUGGUUGGAUUGAGCUGAAGAAACGAAGUUUCUAAUGUCUCAAUUUUUACCAACAUUUGAAGGUAGCUAACUGUUUGUAAGGUUUAUUAAUGGAUGGCGCUUUGUUCAACUGUUGAAUGACUGAAGAGCCCUCCCAUAAGGCAGGCAGGUGUAAUUAGUUAAUUACGGCAUGAGUUAGGGGAUUCACUUUGUUAUUUACUGCCCAGAUGCUAAUACAUAUCUGGGAAACCAGGAAAAAAGCUUAGUAUUCAGUAGUUGUUAGAUAAAUAUACGGAGAGGAGAUACUCAAAUGUUCCUUCUUUUUUAUCUUUUUCACUCAGGUUUUCUACGAUCUUUCUUUGUUCACUGCUGCUCCAAGAAUUCUUUGGGGGUAAGCCGGUUAGCUUUAUUUGCUUAUGGAACAAAAUACGUAGACUUUAUGUAUUCUGUGCCAUUAUAUUCUUUCCUUA